AUGGAUGAGAUUAAAGGAAAGCCUAACCCUAAUCCUCGUCUUAUAUGGAGAAAACAAAAAUUCCGCUACAAGAAUGGCAAGACUUCUGAGGACCACGAUGGUUGGCUUUUAGAUGAAUACAACAUUUUCGAAAAGGCUUGCAAGAAUCGCAGAAGUGCCGCUUAUGAUCAAGAAUAUUUGAUCCAUACCAAUUAUCAAAGCUUCAUCAUUGAUGAAUUGUUUGAAGAACUAGAACACGAGUUUUCGUUGUUAUUAUCGUAA